AUGAAAUUGAACAGAUAUGGGAAUGCCCAGGUCAACUGGUGGGUUCUGGCAGGGCAGGAGUUCCUGCACUGGACGGCCCUCCCGGGCGGGGUGCAGUAUGGCUGCAGACUCUACCGAACCACAGCCGAAUGCAUCAUAGAAGCUCUGAGAGACUGGGCUUUUUCGGGUGGAAUUUCCCGUCUGCUUGGUAAGGGGACCUACGUCUAUGAAGGCAGUAAUAGUCAAGAUAUCCAGCAACUCAAGCGUCAGACUAUCACGGAGCCGGAGUUUCAGCUCGCGGAUGACAUGCUCCCGCUGUCACAUAUAAUAGGAGGUCCGAAUGGUCAGAAGAAGCUUUUGGACGUCUAUGAGUCCGAAAGAUUUCGCUGGGCCGUGUUCAAAGUCAAUUCACGGCCUACUGACUACACAAAGCGAGAUGCCGUCGACAAAUAUGAUCGUAUGCUCGCAUAUUUUGCGCCUAUUGUCGAUGCUCGAUUGGAAGCACUUUGGGCAGUUGUUUUGAUUCGUGGACAAUACCACCGAGUUUGUCGAUACAUUGGUUUCAUGGACGUGGAAUCGUCUUCCGAGAUUCUGCUCAAGGCCAAAGAGAACUUACGAUUAUCCGUGAUGCGAAGUCUAGAUGAUACCGAAGAUAUCUACCCGGUGUACUUCUCCCCUGCCUCUUGGGCUCAAUAUCGAUCAACUUCUUCCCUUUGGGCUGGCCAAUUAUCUAAUCUGUGGGAAUGA